CAAACACCAACACAGUGCUGCGGGGACUGGAUUGGUGACGCCAUGGCGGGGCGCUGCGGGGUGAGCUUAGUCCGCCAUGGCGAUCUCCCUGCUUGAGCUCCUCACAGGUGCUGUGGGGCCUGUCCAAACGCCUCAUGUGCAGUGCGUGCUUGACGAGGCACUCAGCCUCCGCUUCGCUGCCAAGCCUGGCGACUUCGGUCGCAAGUGGUCCUUGCUUGAGAGAGAGAACCUCAAUGCCUCGGAGGUACGAGCCAAACCUGCUCAGAAGCGCAAGCGGUGCCAGCUCACGGGGAACCUGGCAAAGGUGCUCAAGCCUCGGCUCUUUCCGUUUGAGGUCGGCCGACUGCGCCAGGUGAUGCUGGAUCACCUGGAGCGCAUCUUUGACCUGGCCUUGGUCUACCACGACUUCUACGCUGGCACUUUGCAGACGUCUCACCACGACGGCCCGCUACGGCAUCCGGCCUCGUUGGUGAAGCGGCUGAAGGACUUCGCCAUCGGCGAUGAGGGGGACCCCGAGGGCUAUGCAUACCCCCAAGAUCCAGUGGAUGAGCCUUUGCCUGCUGGAGCCAUUUCUCCCAGCUCUGUCUUAGAGCUGGUGGGUAACUUCUUCUACCACGCCCACGGCCGCGAACAGUGCGCCCCGCAUCACUGUCGGGAGGACGAGGUUCCUGUGCUGCGAUUGGCGAAGGUGGUGCCACUACACAUGCGAAAGGCCUUCUGUAACUACUAUCACUUCACCACGGUGGGCCUGGCACGCGUGGUGGCACUGCUGCCACGGCUCAAGGCGGAUGAAAGCAUCCUGGUGCUGAUCCCCUAUACCAACAAGAAAGGACAACGUUCACCUUACAUACGCGAGAGCCUGCGUUUUCUAGGUGUCGAGGAGCAGCGGAUCGUCAGCUUCCCCCCGUGUCGCCUCGUCUUCGCGGAUGAGCUGCUCCUCGCCGGCAGCGGGCCUCGCAGUGCCUUCGGCCGCGAUCGGCAGACACAUGCGCGGGCCAUCAUGGCUGAUGUGGCCGAUGCAGUCCCCUUGCGCCGCGUACGGCGUGCCUUCCUCCGGGCGUUGGGCGGUCUAUCGGCCACGAGGUCACCACUAUUGCUCGUGGAUCGUCGAGAGCGUCGGCAGAUCGCAAACCUCCCUGAGGUCUUGGAGACACUUGGAGGGCUGCCUGGAGGACAUGAGCUGAUUUACUGUGAGAACCUGACACUCGCUGAGCAGUUGUCCCACUUCGCUGCAGCUCGUGGUGCAGUGGCCGUGAGCGGUGCCUGCCUGGCCAACAGUCUCUACAUGCCGGAGGGCUCCUUGGUGGUGGAUGCGGUGCCGCUGAAGAACUACAUCGGCGCAGAUGUUGUGAUGUCACCGGAGUGUGGGACGACGUGGUUCUGGAGCCUCACGCAGAAUGUGAAGGUCCUCUAUCGCACGCUGCUGCUGCCACAGGAGGACUUGGACGCCGACUUCGUGACGCUGCCGGUCGAUCGUCUCAGAGAGGUCUUGACCCGCGACGGCGCGCCGCUGCGCGGAGCGCAGCAAGCCGCUUCCGUGGAGGAGUGCCUUUCGAGGCCAAACCCAGAGCCUGGGAGCCAGAGCCUUUGCACUGCUUCCAGUGUUGCCAGCGAGGCAGAAUGCGGAAGAGGACGGAGGUUUUCCACGGCAGGCGGAGCAGUUCUGCGGCGCGGCGUGGGCCUCCGGACGGGCGUGGGCACCGUGCUUUCAGGCACGCUUCGGCGGAAGCGGGGGCCAAUGGCGUCUUCGGCGCGAGUGAAUGAGGAGUUCCAUCGGGCAAGACUUCGCACAUCGAAGGAGGGGCUUCGGACCAGCUUGUCAAAGUUGCAGCACGAUGUCGAGAUGCUCUCCUACUUGGAGUCGUUCAACAUCACUGUGGAGGGCUUGCCGCUUCUACGAGCUCUUCAUGACUUGGCGGCCAAACGCUACCAGGGCCGGCCGUCACAGGCCUUUGAGAUUCGCCUGCCACUGAAGGAUUGGCGCCGUAGCCAAUUGCUGGAGCUGCAGAGCGGGCGGCGUUCGCCAUCAGGUGCUGCUGAACCGCGCGGACCGCACAUGCUGGCGACGCCUUGGCGCUUGCAGACCGACGUAGCGAUGCUGGAGCGGCGAUUGGCAGAACAGGGGCAUGUGGUGGUGGAGGAGGUGCUUUCCAGGACUGCGCUGGACUUCGUCAAACGAGAGCUGCAGGAACGCAUCAUGUUCCACGUGCCUCCCCGCGACGGGAGAGGCUUCCUUGUGGCCACGCUGGAGAGGGGUCUGGCGAGCGACUGGCUGCAACGCCUGGUGAACGAGCUUCGGGAGGCUUUGCCCAACACGCUGGGCGUGUUCUGCCAUGCCUUGGCCGCCAAAGCCGCGGUCGCGGGCAGCUCUGCCGUUCCAGCAGUUCUGCCCUGGACGCGGCAAGACGGGGGUGGUGGACCAGGGGUGUCUUUGUUGCUUUGGGUGGCACCGGCCUCCACCAGCGGGGCACCGGCACUCCGAUUCUCCGGUGGAGAAGUUGUGAGCUCUGCGCCCAACCGCGGCAUCGUGUGGCACGAGAGGACGAUGCCCAGGCCGCUGUGGCUGGAGGAGUCCUUGCCGAGCUACGCGCACCGCAGAAUCCAUUUGCUGCUCCGCUUCAAACGAGCGGACGCCGCUGGAAACGAACGAGCGCGGACGGACCGCGGCUGGGUCACGAUGCAAAACUAUGUACUGGUACUGGAUGAUGUGCCCACCAGUUUCUUUGCCCGAAGCUUACCGCCUUGCAGAAGGCUGGACCACUACGCCGCCACCAAGAUCGGCAUCAACGGCUUUGGGCGCAUUGGGCGCAUGGUCUUCCAGGCCAUUUGCGACCAGAACCUCCUGGGCACCAAGUUGGAUGUGGUUGGUGUCGUGGAUAUGUCCACCGAUGCUGAAUACUUCGCGCAGCUCAGAUCGUAUGACACCGUGCACGGCAAGUUCAAGCACGACGUGAAGAUUGGUGAGAAGGACAGGGCAGCACUGGACAGGGAUGAGCUCAUCGUGAAUGGAAACAAGAUCAAGUGCAUCCAAGCCUCUCGCGAGGGUCCCAAGGCACUGCCCUGGAAGGAGCUGGGCGUGGAGUAUGUCAUUGAGUCCACUGGUCUCUUCGUUGAGGCUGACAAGGCCAAGGGCCACAUCGAGGCAGGUGCCAAGAAGGUGAUCAUCUCCGCUCCCGGCAAGGGCGAUCUGAAGACCUUGGUGUGCGGAGUGAACCACACGGAGUACGACAAGGCCAAGCACGACGUGGUCUCCAACGCCUCCUGCACCACCAAUUGCUUGGCGCCCGUGGUGCAUGUGCUCCUCAAGGAGGGCAUUGGCAUUGAGAAGGGUUUGAUGACCACCAUCCACUCCUACACUGCCACUCAGAAGACUGUGGAUGGAGUCUCUGCCAAGGACUGGCGUGGUGGCCGUGCCGCCGCGUGCAACAUCAUUCCCAGCGCCACCGGGGCGGCCAAGGCCGUCGGCGAGGUGCUGCCAAGCACCAAGGGCAAGUUGACCGGCAUGGCCUUCCGCGUGCCCACCCCCGAUGUAAGCGUGGUGGACUUGACCUUCACGGCAGAGAAGGACACUUCCAUUGAGGAGAUUGAUGCCUUGAUGAAGAAGGCCACCGAUUCUUACAUGAAGGGCGUCCUCUCCUACACCGAUGAGGAGUUGGUCUCCGCUGACUUCAUCCACAACGUGAACUCCUCCAUCUACGACUCCAAGGCCACGUUGCAGAACAACCUCAAGGGCGAGAAGCGCUUCUUCAAGAUCGUGUCUUGGUAUGACAACGAGUGGGGCUACAGCAGCUGGGCUGCACAUGGGGAGAAAACGGGAAUGGCGACUGAGACGGGCAUUGAGUACCGGAGUACUAGAAUCUCCAAGUGCUGUGUUGCAAUGUAGCUUUGUCACAGAGGUUGGAAGAUAUUGAUUGGGGGGUUAACUCUCUGGUUGAACCUUAACACAUUUCACAGCUGAAUGUGAGUGCAUCCUCAAGUUGUGGACCUCUGUUAUGAUGAGAUCAGCAUCGAAUCAGUUUCUGAUUAGAUUUGAUUACAUAUACUCGUACUUCUCUAAAACGAGUUAUUCUCUCAUCCUGG